AUGACGUCGAUGAUGUCAGAGCUGCAGAACAAGGUGGGAUCCUGCUGUAACUGCUCCAACUUCAAAAAGGACGAGCAGGAGGGAACCGGCUUGUGUGCGGCAUUCGGCGACCCGCAUUUCAUUACCUUUGAUGGUGCCCAGACCACCUUCGUGGGCGACAUGGUGCAGUGGCUGGUGAAAGGUAAGUUCGUGUACCUCCAGGCACUUUCCAAGGGAAGCCAGGGCUGCUUGAUGGGCUUCGCAGCUGGUGGUCCCUUCCUGGAUGGGCACGUCUUGACGGUUUGGAAAGAAGCCUACGACGCGCCACUGAAAGUCGCAUGGGACGGCGAGAUGAUCCUCGAGGAUGCUGUCAGUGAGUUCCACGUGGAGUCCCCGGGCGUGGAUGCAUAUCGACGCCAGUCCUGGGAUGCUGAUGUCUUUGAUGAUCGCAUUCUCAGCCUGCGAACUCAUAUGAGGUUCGCCAUUGGCACAUUUCCAGAGCGAUUUGUGACGCUACCGGCAACCGGCAUCUACAUGUUCAAGCUGCCCAACAACAUCGCUGUGUCUUUGACCGGUGUCGAUUACAUGUCCUUGGUGGUGUCCAUGCGUCCGGAGGCAGGCCAGGGUGGCUACUGUGGAGAUUUCAACGGAAAUCCCGAUGACGAUGCGGAGCCCAUCGUGCCUUCGUGGGACCGACCAGUGGGUCGCUACUUGGAUCCUGUGCCGCAGGACAUGGUUCUUUUCCCCACCACGCUCACCACCGCCUUGCUGGGAGAUUCGGCGAAGGAGCACACCCAUAUGAGCGAGGCGGAGUCGAUCGCCGCGAAGCUGAAGAGAGUGACCGAAUGCCCUCAAACUCUUCUGGGAAAGGCAGAGGCCGCGUGCCAUGGAUUGCAGGCCUCCUUUCACAAGUUCUGUGUUUUCGACGUUUGCAUGACAAAGAACUUGGCUGCUGCCGGGUCUGUCGGUGCAGCUGCUGUUGUCGAGCACAAGGUGAACGCAAGAGGAGUUCCUGUGUUCAUGGGACACGGCCGAUGUCUGGACAAAGAUGGCCAUGGUUUCGUGAGCUUCCCCACCAAGCUUCGAACAGACACUGGCUGUCAGCAGCUUCUCCGAACGUUGGCGCUCACAGACGGUGUCAUGGGAGCACAGCUGAAGCGUGGCGGGAUUUGCGAGGUUCUGACGGCCAAGAAUACUGACCCGACGAACACUGCCAUUCCGGGUGGUUGGGGCCUGCCAGAUCCUCCCCGCGAGGACGUUUGGCAACAGAUCUCCGCGCUGCCGGCACAACACUUAUCGACACAGCCAGAGAUGCAUGCGCAGGAAGUAUCCCCAAAGAUGGGAGAUUCCGAUGACAUCAUUGCGGACACCACGGAUGAAGGCUCCUACAACUGCUGGCAGUUGAACUGA